AUGACCGUGAUCAACACCGUUCUGGGGGUACAGAUGCCGUAUCUGGCCGAGGUCGCCCUUCUUCUUUUCGUGACGUACGGACUGGCGUACCUUCUGACGAUGUUCUACUUUGCCAGUAAGCACAAAUUUUCUGUGCCGGGCCCAACCUUUGUGACCCCGCUCCUCGGUGGGUUGGGCAUGAUGAUAAAGGACCCCUUCACGUUUUGGGAGAAGCAGCGCUUCUACAGCCCGAAUGGGUACAGCUGGCAGGCAAUUCUCACCCAGUUUGUGCUUUUCGUCACUCGUGCUGACUUGUGCCACAAAAUAUUUUCCACCAACAGUGACAGUACGCUGACGCUUCAGCUGCAUCCCAACGGGAGGGUUAUUCUUGGAGACAACAACAUAGCCUUCCAAAGCGGCCCCCAGCACAAGGCACUUCGCGCGAGCUUCAUGAACCUCUUCACGACAAAGGCGCUUUCUUUGUAUCUUCCCAUUCAGGAACGCCUUAUUCGCGAGCACUUGGCAGAGUGGGUGAGGAAGUACCCCUUUGGAGGCAAACCUGAGGAAAUGCGGAACCACAUACGUGAAAUGAACUGCGAAACUUCCCAAACAGUCUUCCUUGGCGACCACCUUCGCAACCGUGAGGAGUUUACUUUUAAUUACAAUGUUAUAACGGUUGGAUUCCUUUCUCCCCCCAUCUACUUUCCCGGCACAGCCCUGUACAAGGCGGUUCACGCGCGGAAAAAGGUCGUGGAUGAGCUUAAGGCGGCUGUGGGUCGGAGCAAGGCUCGUAUGUCGCUCCCAGAUGCAGAGGCUCAUUGCUUGCUUGAUUUCUGGACGGCGACCAUACUGGAGACCGUGAAGGCCUGUGCGGAUGAAGGUGAAGAUCCACCGCCAUUUACGUCUGAUCACGCGAUGGCGGAUACAAUGUUGGAUUUUUUGUUUGCUUCACAGGAUGCAUCCACCGCAAGUCUCACUAUGAUCACGGCCACAAUGGCGGAUCGGCCCGAUGUUUUGGGACGCGUCCGUCAGGAGCAAGAGAGACUGUGUGCGGGGGACGAGCCUUUGACAUAUGAUCUGGUGCAGGAAAUGACUUUUACCCGGCAAUGCGUUCUGGAGCAACUCCGUCUGUUUCCUCCUGCGCCAAUGGUGCCUAUGAAGGCCCAUUCCGACUUUGUCAUUGACGAGCAUUACACGGUGCCCAAAGGCAGCCUGGUUAUCCCAUCCCUUGUGGGGGCCUGCCGCGAGGGCUUUACAAAGCCCGAUCAGUACGAUCCAGAUCGUAUGGGGCCGGAACGCCAAGAAGAUCGAAAAUUCGCCAAGCAAUUUAUCCCCUUCGGUGUUGGCCCGCAUCGAUGUGUUGGCUACAAUUACGCCAUUAACCACCUUACGGUUUAUCUGGCACUCAUUUCCCGGCUGAGCGAAUGGAAGCGUACACGCACUCCAAAAUCGGAUGAGGUGCUUUACCUUCCCACCCUCUACCCACAUGACUGUCUCUGCACCUGGAGGCACCGUGAGGGUCUGGAGAAGGUAAAACAAAAUGCUUAG